GAGGAGGUGCGGCUGUUGGCUGUCAGGGGCAUGGGAGCUGGGCAAGGUGCACGCAGGCUGGUAGGAGGCCCUAGAACAUUUUGCAAACAAAAGCAGCUGACUUGGGAGGCUCCUGAUGCGAAGGGAGCUCCCACUGCUGGUGGGCGUGCGCCUGCCAGUCAUGCCUCCUCCUGGGGCUGGCAGGGAGGGUGGCGGGAUGCACUGAUGCUUUCCCUGCCCGUGUCAGGCAGCACGGGGCCUGCUCACCCAGAGAGCCCUGCUGAUCUUGUGGGGGCGCCGCUCCCACUCAAGUCUCUGUCUGCUGCAGCAUUGUGGCAGGGCAGCCUCUGACUGGGACUGACUUCUGUGAGCACAGGCAAGUGGGUGUCUUAAGAUGUGUUGUGCGGCUUCCAGCUGUUGUUGAGGGGCUAUGAGGCUUGUCUGGCCCUAUUUUAGAAAGUCUUGCGUUGACUUGGCCUGGUGACCACUUGGUCACCACAGCAGGCCACAGCACUCUUGGUGUCUUAGUCUGUCUGCACAAACCAGUAUUUGCUCCCCACCUCCCACAUAUGUGUUUUCUUAAAAUGCAGUCUGCCUGACAGGACACAAGACUCUGGGAUAAAAAACAUCUUUUCUUAAGCGUUCUCACAGCCUCUGCCUUGGAAAGAUGAGCUCCCGGCUUUCUGUGCUGCUUUGUUUUCCUGGCUGUUCUUGACCACCUCUGAUUUCUUGAAGUCUGUCUGUAUAGCUAAGGCACAUGAGCAAAUGAGCACAGGAAACUUAGAGGCUCUCACGUCUUAACAAGUUCGCUCGUGGUCUGGUUGUUUCCUUUCACCUGACCAGAAGCAGGUUCCUUCCUGAGAUCUGGUUUCCUUGCAGUGAGAGGAGGCCUUGUGAGGCAGUUGUUGCUCUCUGGCACCCAGACAGAGUGAAGGAUGUAGGGAGAGCUUUCUGGCUCAAGCUGAGGGCAGGCAGCUGCUGGUGGAGCUGCACAGAGGAGCUUACAGGAACUCCCUCAGGGACAGAACUGCUGUCUGUCACACUCGAAGGGCAGCCCAGGCUAAGAGCCACAUGUAGAUCUAGCAGUGAGGCUGGCCUCAAAGCUUACCAAGGAGCCUCCAAGUAAGGACAGUGCCACGGACACGUGUGGCCUUUGUGUGGCUCCCUUUGUGUGUCAUCCCACGACAUCUUUCCUAAGGGGACCCACUGCUGACCUGGGGGUCUCCCAGCUCCCUGAUGUGUGUAGGAGCCUGGGGCAGGUGCUGGUGCCCUGUGGUGUCCCAGAUGUCUGGGGGAAGGGCUAGCCCCACACCCACCACCCUCAACUACUUCGUUUGGCUGAGAAGCUACUUGGCACCAGGCUCUGGGCAGACACAGGCACGAACUUCCUGUGGGAGAGGCUGGCCCUGCUGUGGCCACUGCUGCGGCUACUGCUGCCAGUGCACAGGGAGGUGGUGAUGAAAGUUGGCUGAGCACUGUGUCCCACCACCCGCAUGCUUCCUUCCGCUUCUGCUCCUUAAGGGCUGAGGCUUGGAGACAGUCACCUUGCAGGCAAGCAGGUCCUUGACCACCCUGUGGGCAGUGCCAGGCACCUGACCUCCAUCCAUUCCUCUUGAGACCUGUCUUUCCCUGCUCUGCAAAGGACACUUUUCCUUCUGCUGAGUGAAGUGGCCACACCUUGGCCUGAGCUUGCUCAUGUGGCUGGGCGCAGCUUCACUGAGGUAGAACUCAGCACUUCACUGCUUCCUCAUUUAAAGUGUAGAGUGCAGUGGUUUCUGUGGUGCUCACGGUUACUGAGCCAUCUCCAUGACUUAGGACAUCCACCACCCCAAAAGAGAAACCAGUCUCCUCCCACUCCCCAGCCCCUGGUCUGCUUCUGCCUCCAUGGCUGUGUCCUCACUGGGCAUCCCACACAUACACUUGGUGUUCUACUGUAUGUGGCUUUCUGUGGCCUCUUUUCCUCACAUUGUGUUUGCAGGGAUUGUCUAUGUGUAGCGUACAUCAGUGCUUGGCUCCUUCUCGUGGCCAGAACCUCCCCUGAAUUGUGACUGCACCUCAGUGCUGUGGACGCUGUGUGGCCUUCGUGUAGGUCAUCCACCAGCAUCUUCUGGUUCUUGGGUGGAGGAAGGGCUCAUCGGUCUUAGGCUAACCGGACUCUGGGCCAGUGACAGGGACAUCCUGGAAUACUCGGGUCGCUGAGGGAUGGGAGUGUGGAUGCCCUGGGAGACCCCUCUGGCUCACACUGCUGUGCAGGAAAAGCUCCUGAAACCUUUCCUGUCUUAUGAGAGACCUGGUCUUCUGUCACGGGCAGUCGGGGCCGUGGGACUGGCCAGGUGACAAGCAGGUAACAAGUGAGGUGGCCCCACUAGAGGCCAGCAUGUGGGAAGAGGAGGGGCCUGCCAUGGCCUUAGCUUUGCCUGAAGCCCUGCCAGGAAGGACUUUUUCUUGUGGGGAUGAAGCCUCUUGACAUGGGGAACUCUGACCCCAGACCACAGCCAAGGCAUCUGUGAACCCAGGCCCUGUCUUGCAUCCCCUCCAUCCAGCACAGCUCCUGUCCCCACCCCACAGACCCUUGGCUUUGCCAGCUGUGCCAUCACCCACAAGUUGCCAUCUUUGCUGGGCUUGGGUGGCUCUCUGCUCCAGCCAGGUGUUGUCCUAGGGCUGGGGUGCUGCUUCAGUGUGCCCGUGUUCAGGCACCUUCUGCGCCACACUGUCCCCACGGUGCUUCCUGUGCAGCUGCACAGAGCUCAUCCUGUGACCCGCUCCCCUUCCUCCCCUGCUCUCACUGCUGCCCUGGGUCUACGGAGCAGCAGAAGGUGUGGGCAGGACAGGUGCAGCCUGACUCCUGCUGCCAGUCCAAAUCUGUGAGGACUGUGUGGCAUAGCUGCUGCACGGCCUCAGGCAAUGGUGCCAGAAGCGCUGGGCCCACUGGAACCUCUGCCCCAGUGGUGCCAACACAUCACCUAAUCUGGCUCGAGCACAGCACUUGAGCAGGAGCGCCUCCCACCUGGGGAACUGAGCUGUCCCCAGGAGGCUGUGCUGUGGGACCCAGGUCCAGCAUUCCUCGCCUGUGCCUGCUGGUGAGCUCUCUGCCCAAGCCCCAGCCGUCACACCCUCACAGUUCUGCCUGCACUCAUGAGAAGGAGUUGCAUGAGCACUGUCAGGCUGCUGGCCGCAGGGACACCUGGCUUGGGGCAGUGUAAGCCAUGACUGUGUCCAGCAUGCCCGCCACAGUGGGCCCUGUGCUGGGAGGGACCCGCGCAAAUGAUUUAGUCAGCUGGUGGGCUCAGGUAGAGAGGUGCUGGAGGAACGGCCCUACUGGUGCCAGCCCUCAGAACUGUGUCCCCUGCAGGUUCUGUGGGGAGUGCCUCCAGCCGUGCCUGCAGGUGCCAUCCCCCCUGUGCCCGCUCUGCCGCCUUCCCUUUGACCCCAAGAAAGUGGACAAAGCUACCCAUGUGGAGAAGCAGCUCUCAUCCUACAAGGCGCCCUGCCGGGGCUGCAACAAGAAGGUGACCCUGGCAAAGAUGAGAGCACACGCGUCCUCCUGUCUGAAGGUCCAGGAGCAGAUGGCCAACUGCCCCAAGUUCGUCCCCGUGGUGCCCACAUCCCAGCCCAUUCCAAGCAACAUCCCCAACAGGUCCACCUUUGCCUGCCCCUACUGCGGCGCCCGCAACCUGGACCAGCAGGAGCUGGUGAAGCACUGUGUGGAGAGCCACCGCAGCGACCCCAACCGAGUGGUGUGCCCCAUCUGCUCAGCCAUGCCCUGGGGCGACCCGAGCUACAAGAGCGCCAACUUCCUGCAGCACCUGCUACAUCGGCACAAGUUCUCCUACGACACCUUCGUGGACUACAGCAUUGAUGAAGAAGCUGCCUUCCAGGCUGCGCUGGCCCUGUCCCUCUCUGAGAACUGAAGGCACAGCUGGCUUCCCGCCUGAGCCUGGGCCAGUGGGCUUGCUCUUGGGACAAGAAGCCCCCACAGCCGUCAGCAGGCUGCCCGGGUGUCAGCCCACAGCCCUGGGUCAUCGGUGCUUUGUGGGGCAGGUGCCAGCUGGUAGGACUCGGAGCAGUUGGCUGCCUUUUCCAAGCCACGGCACUGCCCCUGCGUGACAGCCAGGUGCCCAGCUGUGCUCCGGCAGGAGACCCAGAGGAGCAGCCCGGCCGCACCCCAGCCUGACCCGGCCCCUGGCUACGCUUCCACCGUGCGCAUUUGGUACUGGCUUUUGUGAUACUUAGAAACCCUGGCGUUUUUCUAUCUUAUCCCGUGUAAUAACCUUUUCACGUUUUAUAGAGCAAAGACAAAGCAGUUACACUUCAUAUUGCAAUAUCUGUGUUUAACUAGGAAGAAUAGUAUUUUUAUGGAGCAUUUACAAAGUUAUAUUUUUUAAAAAAAAGCAAUCAAAAAUAACCUUUGUGUGGAAGCAGAGGGAGGAGUGAGGGGCCACAGCUGGAGCCAGACAGGCUGGGGUCUCACUGGGCCUGGCACACCAGAGGUGGCGCCUCCAGCCACUGUGCUCGUGGAGAUCUUGUUUGUGAUUUCUCUCCACUGACAGCCAGGAAAAGGUCCUGGUACCCCUACGCGUGGCAGUGGCCUCCUGCCCGUCCCUCAUCCUGGUGGCUGCUAUCCCAAUCAACUGUAGCCGAGUUCUAGGGUCCAGGCAGGGGCCUGUUUGGUGGUGGUCAGGCCAGAAAACACUGGUCAGUGCUCCCGUUCUGUUCACGGCAUAAAUUAUUCUGUCUUUUCAAAGUGUUUUCAAUAAAUGAUU